UCUCUCUAAAUCCCAUGUGCUGGGCAGGGUCCUCCCUUAUAUGGUGAGAUAUGAAGCCGAAGCAGAUCGAGAGAGAUCGGGAGAGAAAGAUUUGAGGGUUGUCGCCAUGGCAGUAGCUUGGACGAGUGCCGACUACAGCAGGUCCACUCUCAACCCCAACGCCCCUCCCUUCAUCCCCUCUUCCUUCCAAAGAGCCGCCCCCGACUUGUUCUCGUCAUCUCCCCGCCGGUCGGAGCCUCAUCGUCUCCUCAAGGCGUCGGGGUGGGCGGAGGACUACCACUGGAUCGACCACCGCCACCACCAGGGCCAGGUGCCUACGCCCCCUGCUGCUUUUAAUGGUGGUCAUGGCAAGACUGACGGAGAAGCAGAAGAAGAAGAGGACAUAGCCGCCCUUCUGCCGGAGACGUUUGAAGUGGAGGACUUCUCUCUCGGCCUUCAGGAAGAAGCUGCCCCAUUUCAUACCGACGCUGAGCAGCACAAGCGAGUGGAUGCUGCCCUCUUCCUUCACCAGAAGACACCGCCGCGGUUGGAUAUCAUGGCUGCCGAGAGUUUGACAACGAGGGAAAGAGGAAGAGUCAUGAGUUGGUCUGCGGUGGAGCUGCCGCGCCAAUACUGGGAGGAAGCAGCUGCUCGGUCUCAGUGGCAUAAUCUCCAGCCCUACUCGCCGUCCACUUUCCUCGAUUUCAGUAUGCUAGCAUCCGCAAACCAAUGAAAGAAAAACAAGAGAACAACCAUUUCAGAUGUUAGCAUAUGAAACUAAGCUGUGAAGCUUUGUUUUUUGCUGUUUGUUGUGUGCAUAAAUAAGCUUAAAAUCGUUACAUUAUGUCUGCUCAUGUAUGCUUAGUGAAUGUGCCUACUCAGCUUACGGUAAUUAUAGAUGUCGUUCUGUAAAUCCAACAACAUUGACAGAUUUGAGUCAUUCUAAAUGUUCGUUUGUAAAUCUAACAAACACAUUUCUUAUCA